AUAAACGCUGCAUUUUACCGUUUUGCUUUGCUGUGGGAAAAACGGCGUUUCAAUCCAAUAAUGCCCCACGAUAAUAGCUUUAUAGGCCGACUGAUUGUCUGAUUGAGAGUGAACUUUAUCUAUAAACCCGGUAAAGGCAUCAAAAUAAUCCAGAAUCCUGCAAAGGAUUGAUACAGAAACUAUGUUUAGUUCACCAAUUAUCAUAUGUUUGGCAGUGAUUAUUGUAUGUGCAUAUUACAUAUGGAGGCUUUUGAAGUGGGCUUGGUUUAAGCCAAGGUUUCUGGAGACUUGCCUUAGAAAACAGGGUCUUAAGGGCAGCCCCUACUCCCAACCCCCAUACGGAGACAUACCUCAGCUCAUAAGAAGCAUCAAAGAAGCCAAGUCCAAACCCAUCAAUCUCUCAGAUGACCCAAUCCCCAGAAUCCUUCCCUUCUUUCUUGAUUCCAUUAACAAAUAUGGUGAGAAUUGCUUUGUAUGGCUUGGACCAAAACCAUUAGUAAUAAUCACUGACGCUGAACUUAUAAAAGAGAUACAUAGUAAACAGGAUGUUUAUAGAAAAAACACUCAUCCCAAUCCACAGACCAAACUGUUGGCUGAAGGACUUGUGUUACUUGAGGGAGAUAAAUGGGCCAAGCAUAGAAAGCUUAUCAAUCCUGCCUUCCAUUCCGAGAAAUUAAAGCAUAUGCUACCAGCAUUCUACUUGAGCUGUAAUGAGAUGCUGGCUAAAUGGGAAGAUGUUAUACCGGAGGGAGGAUCAGGAGAGCUCGAUGUGUGGCCUUACCUUGAGAAAAUGAGUAGUGAAGUGAUUUCUCGCACUGCGUUUGGGAGUAGCUAUGAAGAAGGGCAAAACAUAUUUGAACUUCAAAAAGAACAAGCCGAGCAUGUAAUGGAAGCUUCCCGCAAACUGUAUAUCCCGGGGUUGAGGUUUCUGCCAAGUAAAAGGAACAGAAGAAUGUAUGAAAUCGAGAAAAUAGUUCAAACGUCUAUAAAGAGCAUAAUUGAUAAAAGAUUGAGUGAAAUGAGAGCUGGAGAGCCUAGUAAGGAGGAUCUUUUGGGAAUACUAUUGGAGUCGAAUUGUAAAGAAAUUGAAGAGCACGGAGAUCAAGAUUUUGGCAUGACAUUAACAGAAGUCAUUAAUGAGUGCAAGCUUUUCUACUUUGCUGGGCAAGAGACGACUUCUGUUUUGCUUGUCUGGACUAUGAUUUUGUUGAGCACUCACGGUCAUUGGCAGGAACAAGCCAGAGAGGAGGUUAUAAAGCUCUUUGGGAAGAAUAAGCCUGAUCUUGAUGGACUGAAUAAGCUAAAGACUGUAACAAUGAUUUUGAAUGAGUCUUUGAGGUUAUAUCCACCUGUGGCAACUGCGGGACGAAAGGUACAUAAAGACACCACAUUAGGGAAGCUAAAUCUACCGGCUGAAGUUAUGUGCUUAGUACCAACAAUCCUAAUCCACCGCGACAAGAAGCUUUGGGGUGAUGACGCAACGGAGUUCAAACCAGAGAGGUUUAGCGAAGGAGUGUCGAAGGCAAUGGGAGGGAAAAUGUCAUUUUUCCCGUUUGGAUGGGGGUCCCGAGUGUGCAUUGGACAAAACUUUGCCAUGUUAGAAGCGAAAAUGGCUCUGGCAAUGAUUCUCCAGCGCUUCUGCUUUCAGUUGUCUCCGUCCUAUACUCAUGCCCCAUUCGCAGUAGUUACUGUUCACCCCCAGCACGGUGCUCCCUUGAUUUUGCAAAGACUGUAAAAUCAUAGAUGCUGAUUGUAAAACUUUGCCAUGUUACAUCAAUUAACAAAUACUAAUAGAAAUUCGUGCUUCAAUGAUUCUAAUUAUGCACAAUUUAUGCCCUCUAGUAUGCUUGCAAUUUCA